UUUUGCGUCUGAAAUAUUAUGAAACAUUUUCACCGGACGCUUUCAGUCUUGAUACAUUUUAUUUUUUUUAUAACCGUACAUGCUGAGAAUCAAUGGGAUAGCAUGAAAUCGGGGAAGGUGUGCCAACUCGGCAUUUACCCUUUUUUAGCCCAGUUGAAGAACAUCGCCUCUAACAAACAUAUUUGCGCCGCUGCUAUCGUGAGUAGGUUAUUCGUUAUAACAUCUUGCCACUGUCUUAAAAAGCCGGUGUUAAACAAGAAGACGUACACGAUGAAACUGGAGGAAAUCUUGAUUUUGGCCGGUGUCGACGCGUCCAAAGACGACGCCGUCCAACGGUUCCCCGAGAUCGGUUUCUUGCACGAAAAAUGCGACUACGAGAAGCCGGAUGAUUUCGUCGAUAUAGCGGGAAUAAAAGUGACUUACCCGUUCAGCUACUCGACCACGGUCCAAGCCAUGAAGUUAAACGAUAAAAACAGCAUUGAUUACUCCUCCGAAUUCAAAAAGAUACAAGAAGGAAACCUCCAGUGCGAACACGUCACUUGGGUCACUCUGAACAGAAAUUUCCCGUUGAGCCAGAGCAGAAGCAAAUUGCUCGUCAGGGUGAACGCCGUCGUGAGAAAAUCCGAACAAUGCCGAGAAAUGGUAUGCAAUUCGCAGAAGAAAAUGAACGCCUCGUCCACGUGCGACUUCACGUUGUACAACCACGAAAUGUGUUUUACUACCGCUCCGGACGACACUAAGUCAUAUUUUGACAUGUACGAAGAAAGCGGUUUUAUUAUAUGCAACAAGAAAGUCUACGCCGUGAAGAAAUGCGCCGACCAGUCUGUAUGCUUACUUGACAACGCACCGUCCAUCUUCACGCUGAUCACAUCAUUCCAGAAAUUUGUUUCGAGCUUAUCCGGAUCUUUGUCUAUUUUUCAAAACGCAAGUCUCGUCGAAUUUACUUUUAUCCAAAUGUUGCUUUUAAUUUUGUUUAAUCUGAUCUGCUGAUAUUUUUUUUAUUUGGAAAAAAUAUUUCUAUGC